AACCCCACCUGCAAGAAAACAACCCCCUUGUGAUUAGCAGUCACAUAGAUUGGCCUUGAAGCCAGCUACUGGUAACAAUAUUUUUCUGAAUUCCUCAAUUGGAAUGGCCCAUUCAUGGUGGAAGCAUCCCGAUUGCACAACCCAAACCUGGGCAGAGCUGACACCUGCAGUCCCGUGGCAAUAAAAAGGCGAGGGAGCCCUGCGAGGAGCACAGAUACCCGUCCGCCUGCUGCAGAGAUGGUGCCGACGACCUCCCUCCUGCUGCUGCUCGGCCUGGCCCUGCUGGCCCCCGGCCUCUCUGCUGACCAGUGCGAUCUGACCGGGAACUGGACCAACGACCUGGGCUCCAACAUGACCAUCGGGAAGCUGAGCAGCAACGGCGAGUUCGCUGGCACCUACAUCACGGCUGUGACGACCACGAAAAAAGAGAUCAAAGCAUCACCUAUGGUGGGAACCCAGCACAGCAACACCCAGCCCACUUUUGGCUUCACUGUCAACUGGAAUUUUACAGACUCCACCACCGUCUUCACGGGUCAGUGCUUCGUGGAUGAGCACGGCAAGGAGAUCCUGAAGACCAUGUGGCUCCUGCGGUCACACGCCGACAGCAUCGAUGACAACUGGAAAGCCACCAGGGUCGGCAUCAACACCUUCACCCGCCGGGCAGAAGUGAUGGAGUGAGGCUGGCCCCGUGGGGGUCCCAAGGCUGGCCACUGGCUUCUAGAGGCCUUGUGGCAGCUGAAGGGGGCUACAGGAGAGCUGGGGUGGGACUCUGUGCCGGGGGGUGAUAGGACAAGGGGGAACGGCUUUAAACUAUAAUCAGGGGGAUUUAGAUUAGAUACAUGUAUUCGUAAGAAAUUCUUCACUCAGAGGUGGUGAGGCCCUGGCCCAGGCUGCCCAGAGGAGCUGUGGCUGCCCCAUCCCUGGCAGUGCUCAAGGCCAGGCUGCAUGGGGCUGGGGGCAGCCUGGGCUGGGGGGAGGUGUCCCUGCCCAUGGCAGGGGGUUGGAGUUGGGUGGUGGGUAAGGUCCCUUCCCACCCAGAACACUCUGUGCCUCUGUGAUUGCGUGACAACACCUGGGCAUGGCCAAUGCCGCUGCCUCUCCUCACAAUAAAGCUUUACUGCAAACA